CAACUGCGUCUGCGCGAAGGCCAGAAGCGUUGGCGGUUUGAAAUCCAGCACCAGAAACAUUUUUCCAAGUUGCCCAUUGCGCAAAGCAAAAUGUACAGCUCCAACACCUGCAUCUCCCAACUCCGAACCCUAACCCUAAGAUGCCACCACAACUAGCAUCACUCUUUCUCUCCCAAACCCUAGACGACGGAGAUGGCUAAGCAUGCCGUUGGUUGCGCUCACCAGAAGCGAUGGCUGCUGCCGCUUCUCCUUAUGCUCUCCGCUUCCACACUGAUUGCCUUCUUCAUCAGGGCUGUUUUUGAUCCCUGUGAUCGACAUGCCGCCGAUAUUAGCUCCGUUCACAAUUCGAUCCAAGUUGCGGAGAGGAGAGUUCGCUUGCCCCCAAAGAUCCCCUCGCCACCGAAUCCGCUCAGUUUCAUGAAGUCAAAGAUUGUGCUUUUAGUCUCUCACGAGCUCUCCCUCUCCGGCGCUGUCUUUCAUGAUGGAGGUGGUGUUAUCUACACAACUUGAACAAUGUCAAUUAAGAACUCUGAAAACCCUAGAAAAUGGCGGUUCACCUGGGAGACACAGUCUCACUCUCCAACUCUCCGUCUAUUCCUCUUCGAUUCUCACACAAAACCUUUGCUGCAUUGCAAGAACCUCAACGCCCAUCUGAAUCUCUCACAAUCUCAGCUUUUCUUUUCAUGGCUGCAAGGGGAAGACGCUGAAGAACUCUCGCUUAGAGUUCCGAUUCCUAGGGUUUUGAUCGACCCUGAAUCUCCGGUCUCCUUGAGAGCUUUGGAUGAUCACAUUGAGGCCAAGCUCGUGCUGCUUCUCCCCGUUGAUCAUCCUAUAGUUUCUAGUUUUGAUUCGGUGCUGAGUUUUUCUGGUGACGGCGAUAAUGUAGCUCCAGAGGCAGAGGAACCACUAAAAAUGGACUCUGAUUUGAAGAGUCUGUCAUCAAUUGAAGGAGGGGUGCACUUUUAUUGCAGAAGUUGCUCGACUAGGCUUACUAGGAGUCCUCUUAGACAUUUUGUGGAAAUGCCAUCACUGGACUGGCAAGAGGUAGCAGAUAAUUGGUUUGGAGCUUGCUGCUGUUCUUUUGGUGGUAUAAGUGAGAAGUUGGUGACUAUGUAUGCAAAUUCCUAUAAAUGUGCAAGUGGUGUGUGCCUAGUAAACCCUACAACUGUUAUUCUUUGCAAAGAUGAUCUCCUGGAGUCUGAAUUAUAUAAUUGGACUCAGGAAGGUCAAACUGAACCAGAUUUUGCUAGUUCCAAUAAUUCAGACGAAGCUACAUUACACCCUGUAAGCAUCCUCAGAAAAGUCUCUAGCUGUGGCAAUCAGAGAGAAAUAAUGCAUGAUGUUAAUGAGAAAUUAAGCUCCAUGCAUCUCGAAGAUAACCUUGCUGCAAAUGUGCAAGUUACCAAUGAAGGAAGCCACAGCCAUAAAGUACCUUCUGCAUUGGCUACAUCAGAUGAAAAUGUGGCAUCAAUGCCACAUUGUUGUCUUCAUAUGACAGAUAAUGUUGAUGAAACAGGCAAACAUAAUGCUUCUGGCACUUACCAAGUGGACCAAAAACCUAAGCUCUUGCCUGAUCAGAAAUUGUUCCUUAAUGGUUUUCUUGGAACUGCUUUCAUGGCUAGAUCGUCAAAUCUUUCAACUAGUAUAAAGUGGGUUGAACUUCUGUGCCCUCAAUGUUUAUCUCUGCUUGGAGCAUACCCUUCUGGUAAUGAUCUCAAACCGACUGAUGGUGGAGUUCGUCUCUUUAAAUGCCACAUUUCUACUUCUUCUCCUGCUGGUGGGUCAGGUGACUUAUUCAGGAAACAUACUUUGGAAAGAAUGUUCACAAAUCAGCUGCUGGAAAGUGCAAAAGAUGAACUAUCUUUCAGGACUGUGAUCAGAGAUUUGAAAACCAAGUCUCCUAUGCUGCAAAUUAUUCUUCUAAACCCAAAUUCUUGGUGCUGCACAGGUUAUUGUUUGGGAACAGGUAGUGCUGUGGAAUCAGUUAUGAAGCCGAAUUUGCUUCCUGUCAUAAAGGUGCUCUUUUCUGCUUGCAGCAACCUUCGAGAAUCCCAGUUAAGGAUGCUGGAUGAUUGGGUAAAAAGGAAUCAAGCUGAUGAAGUUUUUAUGUUUACACGUCAAGUAGAUGAGUUGUUUGAAGCUCUGGCAUCAAGGAAAGAUACACUUCCACCUUCAUGUAAUUCUCUCCAAGGUUUACCUGUGUCAUCCUUGCAGCCCUAAGGUGAUUUUUUUUGUUCUAUUAUCUUGGGUUACACAAUGAGAGGCAACCUUGAAGUGAUUAGUCGAAGUUGUGAUGUGUAAAUCAAAUGCAUGAGUAUAAUGACCACAAUUUUUUGCCAGUCCGGACUGGAAAUUUAGAAUCUAAAUUAAAACCAAGGUGAAUAAUGGACCAACUGUGGGGUGAGGAUAUUUGGUGUAGCAAUAGCCGCAAACCACGACCAAUGACUGAUAUCUUUAUCUCAAAGUUUGUAAGUUUGACGCCUGUCUUUGCCCCAGAGCUGGCCCAUGGCUUAAACAACUAACGUGGCGAUGUCAGCGGUUCCAUUGCAACGUGCAAGCAAAAGAUGGCAUACACCUUGAACUGUCUGGCUCAUUGCUACAUCAUAUAUAAAAACCAUCUUCAUUAACAGUUUCGAUCCAUAGCUCCAUCAAGAAGAAGACAUUCAUUUCCCCAGAAAUGGAAGAUUAUCAGAACACGUACGGUGCAGUCCCCCGAACUGAUGAGCAUGGCAACCCAGUUCGCCCAACAGACGAUUUUGGCCGUCCGGUUGAGCAUGCUGGCACCAUAGGGGAACAUCACAAAGAGCAUCAUGGGGUUUCCGGAGUUCUCCAUCGCU